AAAAGAAAAGUGUGAUUCUGUAGGAGAAAAGCAUAUUAGCGAAGCAAAUUCAGCUGCAGCUUCGAGCCUCAUCGUCUUCUCUCCUCCUCUUUGAAGAUCUGUUGGAUCAAAGAUUUCGGUGCGAAGAUGACUCAGGACGUGGAAAUGAAAGAAAAUCAAACCCCUUCUCAGUCCGUUGUCACUGCUGCUACCUCCACUUUGCAAAAUUUGAAGGAGAUAGCUUCGCUGAUCGAGACCGGCUCGUAUACCAAGGAGGUCCGUCGUAUUGCUCGUGCUGUUCGUCUCACGAUGGGCCUGAGACGAAAGUUCACCGGUUCUGUGCUCUCCUCGUUCCUUGAUUUCGCUUUGGUUCCUGGAUCUGAGGCUCACUCUCGCCUCUCUUCUUUUGUUCCUAAGGUUGAUGAACAUGAGAUGGAAGUUGAUACAGCUUCCUCGGCUGCCCAGGCUCCUUCCAAGCACAUGUCUGCAGAGCUUGAGAUUUACUGUUACUUGAUCGUUCUUCUGUUUCUGAUUGAUCAGAAAAAGUACAACGAGGCCAAAGCUUGCUCUUCAGCAAGCAUUUCUCGUCUCAAGAGCAUAAACAGGAGGACUAUUGAUGUUAUCGCUUCAAGACUGUAUUUCUACUACUCUUUAAGUUAUGAGAUGACGGGUGAUCUUGCUGAAAUCCGUAGCGCUCUUCUCGCCUUGCAUCACUCCGCAACAUUACGCCAUGAUGAGUUGGGUCAGGAAACACUCCUCAAUCUGUUGCUUCGUAACUACCUGCACUACAAUCUGUAUGACCAAGCAGAGAAGCUGAGAUCAAAGGCACCUCGAUUUGAGGCCCAUUCAAACCAACAAUUUUGUAGGUAUCUGUUUUACCUUGGCAAGAUCCGGACGAUUCAGCUUGAGUACACCGACGCAAAAGAGAGUCUUUUACAGGCUGCUAGGAAAGCGCCUGUUGCAGCCCGGGGAUUUAGAAUUCAAUGCAAUAAGUGGGCUGUUCUAGUCCGUCUUCUGUUGGGUGAAAUACCCGAACGAUCAAUCUUCACCCAGAAGGGAAUGGAGAAGGCUCUUAGGCCGUACUUUGAACUUACCAAUGCUGUGAGGAUUGGUGACUUGGAGCUGUUCAGGACAGUGCAAGAGAGGUUCACUGAGACAUUUGCAAAGGACAGGACCCACAACUUGAUAGUCAGGCUCCGACACAACGUGAUCAGAACCGGGUUACGCAAUAUCAGCAUAUCCUACUCCCGGAUCUCGCUAGAAGACGUGGCCAAGAAGCUGAGGCUGAAUUCUGCAAACCCAGUAGCAGAUGCAGAAAGCAUAGUGGCCAAAGCCAUUCGGGAUGGAGCCAUAGAUGCGACCAUCGACCACAAGAACAACUGGAUGGUGUCGAAAGAGACGGGAGACAUCUACUCAACGAACGAACCCCAGAUGGCGUUUAACUCGAGAAUCGCCUUCUGUCUGAACAUGCACAAUGAGGCAGUGAGGGCACUGAGGUUUCCCCCGAAUACCCACAAGGAGAAAGAGAGUGAUGAGAAGAGGAGGGAGAGGAAGCAACAGGAGGAAGAGCUCGCUAAGCACAUGGCGGAGGAUGACGAUGAUGAUUUCUGAACUUAAGACUGAACAAUGAUGACACUCAUAGCUCCUGCUCCCUUGUUGUCGUCUUGAAGAACUUAGCUGUCUGUUCUGUCUUCUUUUGUGGUGGAUUUUUCUUUUGUUGGUUUAAGCACUUUGGGUUUUAUUUGCAUUAUCGAAAGAGAUACUUUCCAUUCCAUGCCGGUUUUAAUAUGUUGUCAUUGCUUUUGCAAAAAUGGCACCACCAAUUAUUAGUUUGAAUUUCUGGUAUUAUUUU